GCCAAUUGCUUCUGGUCUUUAUGACUGGCAUCUACUCAGACGAAUAAAGCCCUCCCUGGCCGGGCGACGGGACGGAGUGUAGCGAGUUAUUGCCAGUCCUUGGCACUGAAUAGUAACUGCGACUCUAUCAGCCAAUAAUCACUGUGCAAGGGCAGGACCGCGCAAACCUUGGACCAAUCUUAUCUUGUGAACCCUAUGUGAUUGGCAGGCACUCAGGCCAAUAGUGAUUAGAAAAGCUUGAAGCCUGCCCAAUGAUCGUGGGCAGGAGGUGGUUUCUCGUUUGUUGGGGCGUGUGUGUGUGUAUGUGUGUAUGCGUGUGUGUGUGUGUGUGUGUGUGUGUUGUGUGUGUAUUUGAGGGGUACGUGGGGGGGCUAAACAAAACCGGCCAUGGCAGCAGCAGAGGAAGAGGACGGGGGCCCCGAAGGGCCAAACCGCGAGCGGGGCGGGGCGGGCGCGACCUUCGAAUGUAAAUGUUUGGAGACUGCUCGGGAAGCUGUGGUCAGUGUGUGUGGCCACCUGUACUGCUGGCCCUGUCUCCAUCAGUGGCUGGAGACACGGCCAGAGCGGCAAGAGUGCCCAGUGUGUAAAGCUGGGAUCAGCAGAGAGAAUGUUGUCCCACUUUAUGGGCGAGGGAGCCAGAAACCCCAGGAUCCCAGGUUGAAAACUCCACCCCGCCCCCAGGGCCAGCGACCAGCUCCAGAGAGCAGAGGGGGAUUCCAGCCAUUUGGUGAUACUGGGGGCUUUCACUUCUCAUUUGGUGUUGGUGCUUUUCCCUUUGGCUUUUUCACCACCGUCUUCAAUACCCAUGAGCCUUUCCGCCGGGGUACAGGUGUGGAUCUGGGACAGGGUCACCCGGCCUCCAGCUGGCAGGAUUCCCUCUUCCUGUUUCUCGCCAUCUUCUUCUUUUUCUGGCUGCUUAGUAUUUGAGCUGUGUCUCCUUCCUGCUCAUUUCCAGCCAGAGGAGAAUCAGUAUUGGGGCUCCCUAAUGAUCCUUCCUUACUCCUGGACUCCCAACCCCUCCUUUUCUGUCGGCUAAGGCCAACCCUGGCCACUCUCCAGGAGGGCUUGGUGAGGAGUGACAUCUGGGCGUAGGAUGGGAGAAUCUUCUCUGAACUGCUCGCUCAAUAGCAUUGUAAUUCCUGGACCUGGAGGAGAAGGACAGACUAAAGACAAUGUCUGUUUCUCUUCUCUCCUAAUCCUUUGCUUUCCCCAGAUUUCUUGAUUUGAUGUUGAAGGGUGGUCAAGGCUCCCUUUGACUCUCCGCCACUUCCCCUCAUAUUGAUUUAAUUAAAUUUUUCUCUUCCCAGUGUCUAAUAUGGGUUCUGCCUCUUAAGUGGUCCCUCCCCUUCACUACCUCCUUUAUUACAAAUUCAAUAAAAAAGAUGAAAUGUAUUGAUGG